AUGGUGCAAUACAGUUUAGAUAUUUGUAAAGAUAAACAGGAGCUGGUGGCCGACAUGAAAACAGCACAGGAGCACAUUUGCCGGCUUCGAGACUUGAAAACGUCCGGAUCAACACUGGACGCAAUUAGAAGUCAGCAGGAGGCUCUUCAGGAGAAUGUCUUCAAGGUCUUCAUCAAGUGGAAAGAGGAGUGGCGCUUUGUGUUGACAUUCGUGCCCGAGCUCGUGUCCACUGCACUGGCCACACUGGAAGCUACCUCUGAAGAUGUGCCCCCGAAUGAUGUCCUCUUUGAGAUGGUGCUCGAUUUUCUGCGCAAUCUAACGCUGUGCAUUUCACCAAAACGAAUGACUCGCUACUGGCCCACCGAGAUUAUCGGCAAUGACCGCAGUCUCAAUGUGGAAGCAGCUGGCAGCAGUGAACUGCAGGCAAAGCUGUGGCGGACUGUGAAGGGCCUUUUCGAAGAGCUCAAGUGCCGAAACCUUUACGUGGGCAUGGGAGGCGAGUUUAUGAAGGAGGGCUCACUGGCCAUGGUGGAGCAGUACUGCGCCAGAGGGUGGACGGUGCCCAAAGAAGAAGGGCUGAGAAGCUCCUGGCAGGAAGUGGUUCUCAGUGGCGUCAACACCGAAAGCGACGUCGUUCAGGAGGUGACCGUCAGUGCUGUGGUCGCCUUCUCCAGUGCCCUCCUCAAGGAAUCGGCGAAUGCUCAUCAUGAGCCCUUUCUGAAGGCACUGCUCGGCGUGUUCAGCCGACAUGAGGCCGCUUUUGCCGUCAGCACGGUGGCCAGAUCGACGGUGCUGAUGGCCGAUGAAGUGCUGCGCCCGCUGGCAAACGACUUUGUUCGCGAGGCGCUCGCUUUUCUACGUGCCACUUUUGGCAGUGAACUUCGCCGCUCGGAGACAGUCGCCGACGUGGUGGGCGCAGUGGUGCGACUGGUGGGCCGCUUUAUGGGCGAAGUUGAAGAGCCUCUGCGACAGGAGGUGGCCGACUGGCUGAUCCGAGCCCUGGAAGACCACACCAUCACCAAGCAGGGCAAUGUCGGACUGCUGGUGAGAGUGGCGGCGAUGGAGGCGCUGAAGACGCCCGACUGCCCAUUCCUCAAUUCAAUGGCGCCCGAACAGCUGCUGCAGAUUGUUCGACUGGUGGCCGGAGAGGCGGUCUUCAAGCGCAAUGGCAGCUACCCAUUGGCGGUGAAGAAGCUGGCCGCACUGGGCAAGUGGAUAGGUGAAGGGAAGCAAAAAAGUGCCACAGGGUUGCUUCCUGAAGAAACGGUGAAGCUGAUGGUGCAGCUGGAGACGGAUCAAGGCGUGAUCAGCGAAGAACUGGAGCAGUAUGCCGUCCUCGUGAAGCUCUUUGACUGCCACCAACUGACGCCCUGGCUGUGGCCGGGGCUGAUCUGCGUCAUUGCCGACCCCCUGCUGGAGCCCUUCACCAAGGUCUUUGUGGCCUUUCUGCGAGCCAGCCCACAGCGAGAGCAGGUCCUGGAGACGUUUCUGAAGGUGGCCACUGACAAGGCCAAGGAUGGCCGCCUGGCGCUGCCCCUUCUGGUGUCGGCCAAUGCUCUGCUCACCUCAGUGCCGACUAGCGGCGAGUGGCAGGAGAAGGUGGCCACUGUUUGCUGGUCGGUGGUGAAAGGCAGCGCCAAUCCCAAGAAGUACCUCCUGGUGGCGGACGUCUUCUGCACGCUGGUGCCGCUGGGCAGUGCCAAUCUGGGCAAUGCCAUGCGCUUCCUGUACGUUCUCCUCGGCCACCAGCUGCCUCGAGUGCGCUCCUACACGGCCACGGAGAUGUACACGGCGCUGAUGGCGGUCGACGAUCUGGAGGGUGAUGGGGGCGAUGGCAGUCAGCUGAUGGAGGCGGUGGAGCUGCUGCAGACCACCGACUGGCUGGUGGCGGCGGAAGCGAGGGCAGCCAGAGAGCGCAUUCGAGCCAUUGUGAAGCAGGCACUCAGUGCCA